AUGUCGCAGGAGCUCGCGAAACCCGUUAGCAUUCUGCGCGGUAGUCCGUCGAUUUCGCUGCUCACCGCUCCCACGUCGCUCCUCCGCAAUGGCAGUGUCGCGCGAGUCCCCACCAGAGCGCCGCGAUCUGUCAGCUCAGUGCGGUCCAGGAGGAGAAACAUGAGCGCAAGAGCCCUUCAGGGAAAUAGCGCAAGAGCCCUGGAGGGAAAUAGCGCAAGAGCCCUUGAGGGAAAUACACAGUGGGUUUCUUGGGUGACUCCGUCGCUUCUUGCUGCCUCCGCCCCGUACUCGUCCUCCUCCUCUGCUCCCCGUCCUGCUCGCCGGCCAACCACAGCCGUCCGUGCGGGCCGAGGGAUCAGCCACGUGGACGGCCUGGAUCCAGAGGAGUUCAAGAACGCGCGGAUCACGGUGACGGACGACGGGAUAAUCUUUUCGGUGGUGGACGAUGGGGAGGCAGAUGGGGGGGACGAGGUUCCAGAGGGUGUGUGGGAGGGGGAGGAAGGAACAGAGGGAGAGGAGAGGUCGGCUGUGGGUGCGGUGGAAGAGAAUGGAAGGGAUGAGGGUUGGAAUGCGGAGGACGAGGAGGGGGAAGAGGAAAGCGACGGGGAGGAGGCGGCGGCGGGAGUGAUGCAGGAGGCGCAGAGGGUGAUGGAAGAAGCGGCGAAGCUUCUCAGCGUGGCGGAGCGACCCGUGGUUGAUGUGGCCGUGAGUGACGGUGAGGUGGAGGACGCGGAAGACGCGGAAGAGGAUAACGAGGCGGAGGAGGAAGAGGCGGAAGAGGCGGUAGAGGAGGAAGAGGAUGAAGAGGCAAAAGAGGUGGAAGCGGCCGAAGAGGAGGGCGUGAUGGAAGAAGGGGAGCAGGUGGGCGCAGGGGAGCAGGUGGGCGCAGGGGAGCAGGUGGGCGCAGGGGAGCAGGUGGGCGCAGGGGAGCAGGUGGGCGCAGGGGAGCAGGUGGGCGCAGGGGAGCAGGUGGGUGCACGGGACAGCAAGAGGGCGGUAAAUGCGUUGGAGGAGGAGGGGCCCAUUGUUUAUGACCCGCCACCGCUAGCGGACUUGGGUGUGGGUCUGGAGGGGACGCUUGGCGCCACCAAUGCAGGUAGCAGUCCCAUUGCGGACAGCAGCUUUGAUACCGGGGGUGGGCGGGACGACACGGGGGAGGUAAAGGUGUUGGAGGAGGAGCCGCUUAUUUAUGACUCUCCACCGCCAGCGGGCUUGGGUGUGGGACUGGAGGUGACGCUUGGCGACGCCAAUGCUGCUGAUAGCAGUCCUGUGGCCGACAGCAGAUAUGGUGCUGAUGUCCGGGCUGGCGAAAGCGUGGAGAUUUUUUUCCACCGCCCGGCGAGCGCGCUGAAGGAAAAGGCAGGGAUUUUUGUCGUUGGUGCUUUUAACGAGUGGCAGUGGGAGCCGUUUAAGUAUGAGCUGAAGCCUUCUAACGAGGUGGCAAAUGACUGGUGGACGUGCAGUGUGACUAUACCAAAGGAGGUCUAUCAGAUGAACUUCGUUUUCCACAGCAGUGACAACGUAUAUGAGAACAACGAGGGGCGAGAUUUCUACAUCUCAAUAGAUGGGGGCAUGGAGGAGGACGAGUUUGAGCGGUUUUUGAACGAGCAGAAGCAGAGGGAGGCGCAGGAGAGGGCAGCAGAGGAGGCAGAGAGGGAGCGGAAGGCAGAGGAGGAGAGGAGGGCCGCCCUGCUGCGAGCCCAGCAGGAGGAGGAACGGGCGACGGCCCAAGCAGUGGCUGAUGAGGCUCGGCAGAGGCUCGGGCCGAUCUGGGAGAAUGCAGGGGUGGGAGAGGAAGGGGUGUGGCGCCUGGAGGUGAAAGAGGGGGCGGAAGGGGGAGGGAAGGUGGGAGGAGAGGGGGGGGAUGGAGGGGAGGGAGGGGAAGUUGAGAGGAAGGUGGUGGUGAGGGUGGAGUAUAAUCGGGCAGGGAGGCCUCUGGCAGGGGCGGGGGAGGUGUGGCUGCACGCAGGGGUGAAUGGGUGGCAGGGCGGCGUGUCUGUUGUGGAGAAACUGGAGCCUGCUACUAACGAGGAUGGCGAGUGGUGGGGUGUGGAAGUCACCCUUCCCCAGGACGCAGUGGCACUCAACUGGGUGUUUGCAGACGGGCCGGUGGGGGAAGCAGGCGUGUGGGACAACAACAGCCGGCAGGACUUUGCUGGGCGGAUUGGCAGCGCGGAGAGGAUUGAGGCUCUGUUUGAGGGGAUGGCGGCGGAGUGCCUGCAACGGCUGGAGCAAGAAAGGGAGGAGCGUGAGGUGAAGGAGGCUAAGGAGGCAGCGCGGCGUGCGGAAAUCAAGGCAGCCAUGAAAGCUCGCACCAAAGCCGUCUUCCUGCAAUCUCAAGCACACGUGUUCUUCACCGAGCCAGCAGAGCCGAGGGCGGGAGAGGCAGUGCGUGUGUAUUACAACCCCAGCGGCACGGUGCUGCAGGGGAGGGAGAAGGUGUGGAUGCGCGGGUCGUUCAACCGCUGGACCCACCGCUCGGGGUGCUUCCUGCCCAUUCUGAUGGAGCCUGCUGACAAUGGCACUCACCUUGUAGCUGAAGUCCUCGUGCCCCAGGAUGCGUACAUCAUGGACCUGGUCUUCAUGGACAGCAGCGACCCCACCACGGCCACGUACGACAACCGGGGAGGGCUGGACUACCACGUGCCCGUGGCGGGCAGCACUGUGAGGGAGCCGCCUCUCUACAUCGUGCACGUGGCUCUUGAGAUGGCGCCCGUUGCCAAGGUGGGGGGUCUGGGAGACGUGGUGACAUCGCUGUCGCGAGCCACAAUGGAGCUAGGGCACCGUGUGGAGGUGGUGCUACCCAAAUACGACUGCCUCAAAUACGACCAGGUGCAAGGGCUUGAAGCAAGGGGUGAUUUCAUGUGGGGUGGCACGCGGUGGCUGGUGUGGCACGGGCGUGUUGAGGGCAUCCCUGUGCAUUUUCUUGAGCCGGAGAGCGGGCUAUUCUGGGUGGGGUGCAUCUAUGGCCGCAAGGACGACGCUGCCCGCUUUGGCACAUUCUGCCAUGCAGCACUGGAGUUCCUGCUGCAGACCGGCCGCUCCCCGGACCUCCUGCAUUGCCACGACUGGUCGUCAGCGCCAGUGGCGUGGCUACAGAGGGAGCAAUACAGCGGGUACGGAGGGGGCAAUGCUUGCACGGUCUUCACCAUUCACAACCUCGAGUUCGGGCAGGACAUGAUUGGCCGCGCCAUGGCUGCAUGCGACAUGGCCACCACUGUGUCACCCACAUAUGCGGCGGAGAUCAGUGGGCAUCCGGCAGUGGCAGCGCACAGGGGGAAGUUCCACGGAAUUCUCAAUGGCAUCGACCCGGACCUCUGGGACCCCAUGGGCGAUCCUUUCCUCCCUAUGAAGUAUUCCUCUGCAGAGGUCGUGGAAGGAAAGCAGGCAGCCAAAGCAGAGCUCCGUGCGCGUCUCAACCUGCGCUCUUUUUCUCCCUCAGAGGACCGGCCCCUGGUGGGGAUAGUCUCGCGCCUGACAGCGCAAAAGGGCAUAGCGCUCAUCAAGCAUGCGCUGUGGCGCACGCUGGAGAGGGGCGGCCAGGUGGUGCUGCUGGGGUCAGCGCCUGACGGGCACGUGCAGGGCGAGUUUGAGGCGCUCGCGAGGGAUCUGGGGCGGUCACACGGGGACAUGGCCAGGCUGUGGCUGACCUAUGACGAGCCCUUGUCACACCUGAUCUACGCAGCCAGUGACAUGAUUCUCGUCCCCUCCAUCUUUGAGCCGUGUGGGUUGACGCAGCUGGUUGCAAUGCGGUACGGAGCGGUGCCAGUGGUGCGGAAGACGGGCGGGCUGAGGGACACAGUGAUGGACGUGGACAGUGAGGAGGACAAGCAGCGGGCGGCAGAGAGGGGCAUGGAGCCCAAUGGGUUCUCCUUUGAAGGUGCCGAUGCUGCUGGCGUUGACUAUGCCCUCAACAGGUGGGUCUCCUGUGAGCGGGACUCUAUGGGAGGGCUGAGGGACACAGUGAUGGACGUGGACAGUGAGGAGGACCGGCAGAGAGCAGCAGAGAGGGGCAUGGAGCCCAAUGGGUUCUCCUUUGAAGGAGCUGAUGCUGCUGGCGUUGACUAUGCCCUUAACAGGUGGGCUUCUUCUGGGUAUGAGUCAUGUGCGUGUGAUAUUCUGCUGCAUGCGCUAUUCUGCUGCAUGCGCUAUUCUGCUGCAUGCGCUACCGUAUUCUGCUGGGUCUGUUUCUCAUCAAGAGCUGCCUUUUGGUCCGUCUCGUGCAUCUCGCUUGAAAUAUUCACCCGCGUUUUCGUUUUCUCUCCCCACGUAUCUCCCCUUGCCCAUCAGGGCAAUCUCGGGCUGGUACGACGGGAGGGAGUGGUGGCAGGGCCUGGCCCGCCGAGUCAUGGAGCAGGACUGGACAUGGAACCGCCCCGCUCUUGA